AUGACAGGUGCAUCGCUUAAGGCCCUGUCCAGCGAUCUCAUGCCUGCUGGCCACGAUCACAGUUUCUUUUCUUUUUUCAAAGUUUAUGCUACUACUGCUGCAAAUGGAGAGGAGUCAUCUUAUGCAUGUUAUUUUGAUGAGAAAAGACAAACAUACUUAGGAGAUGUUUAUAGUGUGAAAUGGAUGGAAGAUUCAGACCAGGAAGUGCUGACAAAAGAAACCCUCUACCAUCAGUAUAAAAUAGUCAAAGAAGAGACAACUCAAAGUCAUGUUCAAAAAUUUGGAGACAUGAAAAUAGCCAAAAUGCAUGUCAGUGAAUUUCAAGGCAAGAAAUCCACAGUUCCUAUCAUAUUGCCAAAAGCAGAGUUAAAUGCAGUGAAAAGUCGUGAUGUACCUGUUGAAUUGCUAAGGCGGAAACUUAUGAAUACUGAUUCAAUUGUAGAUAGGAAACGACUUGAAAAGAAGCUGAAUAAAAUGUACAGAAAUCGAUUGUUUGUUUAUGAUGUCAUGAUGAAAAUUGCCAAUGCUACUGUUCCACAUAUAAAGGAUGUGUAUGAUAUGGUAGCGUAUCAUUCUAAAUUGACUAACUUUGAAUGCUAUGAUGAUGUUCGUCAAUAUUUUAAUGAAGAAUGUUUCCAGUUAUCUAAGAACCCAUACGUUCUUGAAUUCCUGUACGUUCUAGUCAACCUUUGUGAAAAAUAUCCAAAAUCGCAAAUAAUGCAAGCUAUGGAAUUCUCAUGUACUCAUCCUCCUGUUCAUGGAAUAAUGUGAUGAAAAUUUAUAUUUAGCUAUUAUUCUGAACUGUUAAUCCAUUGUUUGAAAUGAAAUGUACUUUUUAUAAUAAUUACUCAAAAACAAAAAUAAGAUA